AUGAAAAUCUUUAACCCAUCUCAGAACCUAAUCUUAGCCACGACCAUUAUCCUAGUUUUUAUUGUUCCCCUAAGAGCCCAAGACAGGCCACAAGACUUUUUGGCAGCUCACAACCAAGCACGAGCCGAGGUUGGAGUGGAUCCCUUAAGGUGGGACGACCGGGUGGCUGCUUAUGCUCGCGACUACGCGAACCAGCGUAAAGCUGACUGCGCUCUGGAACACUCGAGCGGGCAAUAUGGAGAGAACAUCGCUUGGAGCAGCGGUCGCAUGUCAGGCGUUGAAGCGGUUAACAUGUGGGUGAAAGAACAGGAUGACUACGAUUAUGAUUCCAACACAUGCGCUUGGGACAAAGUGUGUGGCCACUAUACUCAGGUUGUGUGGAGAAACUCGGUGAAGCUGGGAUGUGCAAAAGUGAGAUGUAACAAUGGUCAAACCUUUAUUACUUGCAACUAUGAUCCUCCUGGUAACUGGAAUGGCGAGUGGCCUUACUAA